UGUGCUCAUUUGCUGCUGGCCGUGUCGGAGAGGGGGAGAUGUGGUGCUGGCCAGUCUGUCAGUAGGGAGAGCAGUGAUGGUUGACCCGGUAACGCUGGCUGACUGUGCGACCCCCGUCUCCAUGGCGGCCCCGGCGCCCGCGGUGAUGGUGACCCAAGAGGCAGGAAAAUCUUCGUUGGCCAACAAGAACGGGAAGAAGGCGGAUUCAGGAUGCCUCGGAGGCGGACUCUUCUCCUGGUUCAUGGUCAUUGCCCUGCUGGGAGUCUGGACCUCAGUGGCCGUGGUCUACUUUGACCUGGUGGACUACAAGGGUGUGAUGGACAAAGCCAAAGACAUUCAAAUUAACCUAUCCGAGAGUUUGCAAGGUAAACUGUCGGCCUACGACGCGGACGGAGACGGUGAUUUCGACGUGGAGGACGCCAAAGUGUUGCUCGGCCUGAAGGAGAGUGCCGUCGCCCCGGCAACGAAGAUGGAGGCCGCCGCUCCGGUGGAGCAGCCCGCUGUGGACGCCCCCGCUCCGUCAGACCAAGCUGUGAUCGAGCCGGACCCCGUGGAGGUGGAGGAGGAGAUCCAGGCGGAGGCUGCAGAGGAGGUGCUCGCCCCCCCACCAGUGCCUGAGCAGGAAGCGGAAGAGGAACCUCAGCAGGAAGUGGAGGCCCCAGAACAGGAAGUGGAGGCCCCAGCCCAGGAAGUGGAAGAUGAGCCUGAGGUGUUCGAGGAAGACCCAGAGGUGCUGGAGGAGGAGGAGGAGGAGGAGGAGGAAGCUGCUGCCAUUGAGGAGGAGGUCCAAGAGGAGGAGGAAGCUGCUGCCAUAGAUGAGGCCCCUGAGGAGGCUGCACCAAUAGAGGAGGCCCCUGAGGAGGCUGCUCCCAUAGAGGAGGCCCCUGAGGAGGAAGCUGCUCCCAUAGAGGAGGCCCCUGAGGAGGAAGCUGCUGCCAUAGAGGAGUAUGAGGAGGAAGCUGCUCCGGUAGAGGAGGAGUAUGAGGAGGAGGCCCCAGCAGAAGAGGAGGUGGCCCUUGAGGUUGAGGAGGUGGCCCCUGAGGUUGAGGAGGAGGUGGAGGAGCCUGCUGCUGAAGACAUCAUGGAACAGACCCUGCCAGUUGUAGAGGAGGUGGUGCUGGCUUCACACAUAGAGCAGGUGGUGCUGGCUUCACACGUAGAGCAGGUGCAGGCAGCUGAAGUUGAGGAGGUGCAGGCAGCUGAAGUGGAGGAGGAGGAGGUGGCUCCUUCUGACGAUGCUGUCGAGGAAGAAGAAGCCGUAGCCGACCAGCCCGAGGAGGAGGAGGAGGAGGAGGCGGAGGAAGAAGUAGCAGCUGCAGAAGAGGUGAUGCCAGAAGAGGAGGAGCAGGAGCCAGCAGCUGAGGAGCAACUGGAGACCACUGAAGAAGAAGAAACGCCAGAAGAAGCUGAGGAGGCGGUUGAGGAGGUGGCUGCUACAGAAGAACAGAUUGAGGAGGAGGUGGCAGAAGAACAGAUUGAGGAGGAGGUGGCAGAAGAACAGAUUGAGGAGGAGGUGGCAGAAGAACAGAUUGAGGAGGAGGUGACAGAAGAACAGAUUGAGGAGGAGGUGACAGAAGAACAGAUUGAGGUGGAGGUGGCAGAAGAACAGAUUGAGGAGGAGCUGGAAGAAGAAGAUCAGAUGACGGAGGAAACGGUAGAAGACCUGGAGGAGGAGGAGGAGGAGGAGGAGGAGGUGGCAGGAGAUGAGCCCAGAGAGUUUACAACGGAACAGAGCGAGGCAACGCCCACAGAAACGUAAGAGUCGGCUGUCGGCACGGCAACGGAGCAAGGGACCCACUGAAGUUGCGUCGUCACUCUGUCUGAGCGUGCUCAAAACGACGCUGCUCUCUCCACCUCUGGAAGACGAGAAGCGUGGCCGCGGCAACAUUCGUCACUAACCUCUCUCUUGCUCUCGUUCUCUCUUUCUCUCUCUCUCUCUCUCUCUCUCUCUCUGUUUCUCUGGCUCUCUCUCAUGUCUGUCCUUUGUCAGUUACUUUGACACCUUUGUUUGAUCCCUCUUUAUCUUUUAAUUCCCACAGUCAGAUCUGGAAAACGGGACAUGUUCUGUUUCCUGUCAACUGGUCGGUCUAUUCUAGACCAGUUCAUUCCCGAUCGAUCUUUUCCAGAUCAGAUCAUUCCAGUUCUUUCUAUUCUAGGUCCACCACACUUUCUGUUCUGGAAAUUGAAAGCGGAGUUAGGAGUGUCUCCAGAACUGUUUGAGCCAGAACUAGAGACUGCUCUGGAGCUCCAGCUCUAUAGAUCCAGACAUCUUAGCUCCUCCCCACAGAGGGCGCUAGAGACUUCCAGAAGUUUCCCAGCCCAGCCUACGUAGCUCUGCUCCUAGCCUAGCACCUCUCUACAGAACUUGCUAGGCCAGACCCGGAGGAGCUGGCUCUGUGGGGGGCAGGAGGGGGGCUCUAUGCAACGCUACGGUGCUCUUUACCUCUCUCUCUCUGUCUGUCCCUCCUAGCUCGCCCAGUCUCAUAUACCACUCAGUAUCUGUUGAGCCAUACAUGCAUGGGGUUACAGGGAGGUGUGUGUGUGUGUGUGUGUGUGUGUGUGUGUGUGUGUGUGUGUGUGUGUGUGUGUGUGUGUGUGUGUGUGUGUGUGUGUGUGUGUGUGUGUGUGUGUGUGUGUGUGUGUGUGUGUGUGUGUGUGUGUGUGUGUGUGUGUGUCUCUAGAUGCUGUUUUCUAUUUUGACAACAUAACUAACACUCUAGAUAAAAUUUAAUGUAGAACGUGUUUUUUUUAUUAUACGUUUCAGAUGUAAAUGUCACGUUUUUAGUUUACCUUGUGCUGUGAUUUGAACCACAAUAUACUAAUCAUGCAGCGAAACUCACCUGCGUGUUAGCUAGCCUAGCUCACCUCACCUAGCCCUUCUUACUUAGCCUAGCUAGCUCUCAGCCUAGCAAAGCCAACGUGUGUUAAACUCUUCUUGGGUGUGAUUAUGUUCUGUCUUAGUUCGGGUCUCCGCCACAUUCUGCUCAUAAGACAAAACGGUGGAUGUUGUUCUGUUUUUUUUGUCAUUUGUUUGAAGCGUGUGUUUCAUGACGUCAGCCCUCUACUUGGUUUUCAGUUUUUUGUUUUCUUAAUUUUUUCAUAAUGUUUGUUAGUUUAAUAAGUUGUAGGAUAUGAGCUCACUUCCUGGAACCAUCCUGGGGUCACACGUCUACGCUCUGUCCAAACUGGACUGUGAUUGGCCCUUUUUAGAGUCCCAGGUGGCUCCGCCUGCGAUGAUGAUGAAGAUUCCAGUAUGGUUUCCGGGGAAGUGAGCUUUGUGUUUUUAGAUUGUUUUUUUGUAAUUUUGUUUGUAACUACAGAUGUGCUACUCGUGACAUCACUGUGACAUCAAGCUGAGGUCACCUGACCGCCACAGGUUAGACGGAGUGGAUUCAACCGAGUGUCGACUUCUGGCAUGUUCUGAGCAGGGAGGCAGGGCUUAACACCCAUCAGUUGGUAAUCGCGUGUUGAGUGACCCUCAGCUGUGGACAACUCCAGACCUUCAUAGUAAAAGUCCUGCUGGGUUUUCCUUCACUAGACCUAUGUUGGACUCCAAAUACCAGAGAACUUUUAUUUUGACAGCCUGCAGCUUUUCACCUGUUGGUUGUUGGUUGUUUCGGGGUGUUUCCACUUAGGUCCUCAUUUCUACUUCCUGUUUGUGAGUCAAUGUGAAGUUUUCUGGUUGUUUUUUAAUAAUGAAAUAGAAUUUUUUUUCAAAGUAUGAAAUAUUCUAGGUUUUCAAAGUGAACAGAACGGGAAAUACAGAUGUACGGAUACAAUUUCUUUGAAUUUCUGGCAGUACAUACUUUUCAAAUCAGAUAUUAUGGAAUGAAACUAUUUUCGGGGUUGGGAGGGUUACAUUUGAUACAAGCAAUACAAAAGAGACCGAGCUAGUUGAGCCCGGCCUAGUUGAGUCUUGGCUAGUUGAGACCAAAUGUCGCUGGUUCACCAGGUUGAAAUGCGUUAAGGAUACCCAACGAUGAAGAAAGUUCCAAUUGCAACUGAAGACAUGUGAUUAUGCUGACCAAUAGGAACCGAGGAUGUGUCCUUUAAUUAUACUGACCAAUAGGAUCUGAGGAGUUAUGGUCUACAAACAGAACACUACGAAUGCUAGGACGGGGAUUAAAUUAUUAAUAAUUGAUGAUACAAUGGAAGGUUGUAAAGAAGGACUUGUGUCAAAGUUCUGUUCUGGGAGUACAAAAUAAAACGGUUUGGGACAAAUAG